UUGAAUUUUUGAUGUGAAGUCAAUGUCAACAAGCAACAAACAACCGCGGAAUUUAUUUUUAAAUAGCCACGCGUUGUCUGCGUAUGUUUGUGAAUUUAUCUAUUAUUCAUUAAUCAUUAUAAUUAUUAGUGUUUACUGAAUUAUUUGUUACAAUCAAAACCUUGUCAGAAUGGACGAAGAAGAGCUUUCUAAUUGUCAAUUUGUCCCGUUUAGUACCAUGGAAAAAGUAAUGAAAAUCCUGGAAACAGAACAAAAUAUCGACUACCCACUCUGUAAAAGGAAUUUAUAUAAACUUCAGUCGGACAAAAUAAACCCACAAAGGGGGAAAGAUAAAUCGGCUGUGAAGGAAAUAUACCAGUUGGCGUUGGCACGAGCUGUGUAUUCUCAUGACUGGGACAAAGUGGUGUAUUUGCUGAAGAAAUCUCCCAUCACGCAUCAUUACUCACCAGCGAAGAGGAAAAUACAGGAUAAAUUGAAUGUUUACAUCAGGGCCCUAAUGUUAGUAUUUAUGUACCAUCCAGAGGCGAGAUCGAAGCAGCUUUUACCCGAGUACCUCCACAUGGUGUCUACGUGCCGCACUGAACAAGAGAAGCGAGCUCUGAUGAGAGCCAUCCUGACGUUGCCGGAGAAGUUCAAGUUUAUGCUAAUUCCAUCUGCAAGGAGGAUAAACGUUGAUGAUGAUUAAGUUAAUGUUAUUACAGACAACAAUAAAUCGUCCAAAUUAA